UAUAACCAAUGUUGUGUUCGGGAACAAGAUGUGUCUGCAGAAGAAGGAACUCAUGAAUUGACCUAUAAAUGCGUCGAAUGUUCAACUUUAGAGUUACAUGAGAGGUUUGAUUGCUAGGCACAUCUGUUAAAGCUUUGCAUAGAAAACCAUACAAUAAACGGAUUUGAUUUUUAUUCGUUAUAUCUGGUUCUUGUAACGGAUUUAGGCUGAUGUAAGCUUCGUGACGUGUUUAUGUCCACGACGAAACAAGAUGGCGUCUUCCACAACACACACAACACUGAAAGUACAACUACAGAUGGAGCAUAUCCGAACUGCACUAACAAAAGGCAGUGUUGUCAUUAAAGCAAUUUGUGGAGGACUUCUGUUUUUUUACUUCACGUCAAUCUUUGUCGAAAAUGAAACUCUUUUGAAGACGCUAUCCGUCACACCGGGGUUGGUGUUUCCUCCAAGUUUUCGAGUGUGGACACUUCUGACACACCCAUUCGUUGAAACUCAUAUCUGGAAUGCAAUAUUAGGUGUACUAGCUGUAGUUAUAUGUGGAAAGUUUGUUGAACCCGUGUGGGGAGUACUAGAAAUGUUGAUAUUCUUCAGUAUAGUUACAGUGGGCUCUGCGGUCACUUCAUCAUUGAUAUACCUUUUCAUCUACAUGGGAUCCUCGAAUAUUUACUAUCUUUUCGACACACAUUUUUUUGGGAUGACCGGUGUAAUAGCUGGGACAACGGUUGCAUUAAAGCAAGUGAUAGGUGACCAAGAACUGCCAACUGGUCCCAUAAAAGUAUAUGUCAAAGACAUCGCUCUUUUGCAUGUCUUAAUAUCCAUAAUUCUGAAGCUAGUUGGCUUGGUGUCUGGAACCUAUCCAUGUUUGGUUGUUUCAGGAAUCUUAGCAGCUUGGAUAUAUUUGAGGUUUUAUCAGAAACAGGGAGACAGCAAGGUUCGAGGGGACAUGUCAGAUUUAUUUAGUUUUGCCAGUUUCUUCCCAGAAAUUGUCCGACCUCCUAUCGCUGUGGUUUCUAAUACAGUUCAUGGGUUCUUGGUUCGAAUCAAAGUGUGCAAGAAACAAGUACGGAAGUACGAUGUUGGAGCGCCCUCAGCCAUCACAAUCACCUUACCCGGCACAGAUCCUGCUGAUGCAGAAAGGAGAAGGCAACUCGCUUUGAAGGCUUUGAAUGAAAGAUUAACAAGGGUGGAGCAACAAACAGACUGGCCUAGCAUGGAUGACCAACCAAGUACAUCGGAUGAUGCUAGUCUCCCUCCAAGCUCAAAAGAAGACGCAGCAGCUGAUAAACAAGAUGUUCUCAUUGACAUGGAGGAAAGCUCUGCAGCCACGGUCAGCACGUGACAAUGUCACGUGACCCAGACCUAUGAAAAACUCAUGUGAUAGUAAUAUGAUCGGUUACAGUAUUUAUAUACUUGUAGACAAAGAGAAAUGUAUGGAACUUAUAUUUCUAUUUUAAUUGGUUGUUAAGCUCUUGGAAUUCAAACACGGUUAUUAAUGCGACAACUACUGUAGCCUCACUUGUAAAGACAUAAAGACAACAUGCCUGCACAGGCUCACCUCACAAAAUUUAUAUUCUAUUUAAAUGUACUGUAAUAGUGAGUAAUACCUGUUGGGUUUGUUGAUUCAGUUGAUUCAAAGCUGCUCUAUAAAACAUCAAAUGUAUGUAAAAAUAUAUAUUAUAUUAUGUUAAAAUAUAUUGUGGUUUAGCAUAAAAUACUAGAGCCCAGAACAGGUUCUCUGGGCCCUGCAACACCCUUGAGUGAGUAUGGUAUGGGAAAGUGCUACAUUGGACGUGGUCCCCUAAGCAUCCAACUAUGUGUUAAGCCUGGCUCUCACUGCGUUUUACGACCUUCGUGUGACGGUGCGACAAAUCCAAAUUCGCUCUAUGUGAGCGCUAGAAGACGCAAUGCUGUCUGCUGAUUUGCUAGUGACAGCCUAAACGGACAGUCAUUAAAAACGAUUUGUUCGCAUGCAUCGUCGCUUUGCGUUCUUAAUAGAAUUGCGUCAGCAGACGACCAUCAGACACUGUAAGUGCCUGGGGCCAGAUUUAUCAAACUAGAAAUCAGCUUAAAUUCAUCUAUAAGUCAAAUUUAUCCAUUUUGCUUAGCUUAAAAAUUGCUUAAAAUUAGAAAGUCGAUUGUACGUUGGCGCCAUCUAAGAUGAUU